AUGGCAGUCAAAGUCUUCCUCACCGGAGCCACCGGCUACAUCGGCGGCGAUGCCUUGUACCAAAUCCACCAUCGCUAUCCCAAGUUCGAGUACGCACUGCUUAUCCGCUCCGAAGACAAGGCCAAGAAAGUGCAAUCCGCGUAUCCCACAGCCCGCACUAUCAUCGGCGGUAAUGACGACCUCGAAUUGCUGGAACGUGAAGCGGCGUGGGCCGAUAUCGUCAUCCACACCGCCGACUCAUCGGACCACGUCAAUGCCGCGACGGCGAUAGCCAAGGGUCUGGUGCAGGGCCACUCCGCCGCGCGACCCGGGUUCUGGCUACACACCGGGGGAGCGGGAAUCCUGACCUACUUCGAUUCGGAAGUGACGAAGACCUUCGGCGAGAAGGAUGACAAAGUCUUCAAUGAUCUGGAGGGUGUGGACGAGCUGGUCAACCUCCCCAGCGCGGCGUUCCACCGCAACGUGGACGAGAUUGUCCUCAACACCGGCAUUGACCAUGCGGAUUCCGUCAAGACGGCCGUCAUCUGCCCUCCUACGAUCUACGGUCCGGGCCGCGGGCCGGUCUCCGGUCGCGGACGACAGGUGUACGAGCUUGCGGCGUUUGUUCUGAAGGAGCAGUACUGCCCGCGGAUCGGGAAGGGUCUGUCACGAUGGAAUAAUGUGCAUGUGCAUGAUCUGAGCAGGGUGUUUGAGCUCCUUGUGCAGGCAGCGUUGGAGCCCUCCUCGAGAGAUGAUCUGGAGAUCUGGGGAGCGCAUGGGUACUAUUUCGCUGAGAAUGGGGAGCAUGUCUGGGGUGAUUUGUCGGUUGCUGUGGGCGAGGAGACCUUCAGACAGGGGUACAUCAAGGGUGAUAAGCCCGAGCUUCGGGCUUGGUCGAUUGAGGAAGCUGUUAAAUCGUCGGCGGGAUUCGAGGCGGCGAGUUGGGGGAUGAACUCGCGGGGAGUGGCGGCGCGGGCGAGGAAGGCUCUCGGCUGGAAGCCGCAGGAGAGGGGUUUGAGCGAGGAGUUGCCGGAGAUUGUAAGAUCUGAGGCGACUAGACUGGGGCUUUGA